AUGGGGGCAAAGGGAAACACCGCAGCCCAGAUGGCCCAGGCACUUUCUUUAAGUAAAAGCGGCAGAGAAGGUGAAGAUGUCCACCAUGGUUUCCAUUUGCUUCUCACCGAAGUUAACAGGACUGGUACGAAGUACUUGCUUAGAACUGCCAAUCGGCUCUUUGGAGAAAAGUCUUAUGAUUUCAACUCAUCUUUCAAAGAUUGCUGCCUCAAAUUUUACCAAGCAGAGAUGGAAGAGCUUGACUUUUUGAAAGCUACAGAGGAGGCCAGAAAACAUAUAAACACCUGGGUAGCUAACAAGACUGAAGGUGAAAAAUACUUUGUUAUUCUAUUCUAGUAGUAUUUUAAUCAA